ACCACUAAUACCAGCACUAUUAGAAGCGAAAAUGUCAGAAGGCGGAGGAAAGGAUCUGCAUUGGCCAAAUAAUGGCGAUGCAUAUGAACUUAAGGAAGUGAUAGGUUAUGGAGCCACAGCUAUUGUGCAGGCAGCUGUGUGCAAGCCAUUCAAUAAGAGAGUGGCUAUCAAGCGUAUAAACUUGGAGAAGUGCAACACGAGCAUGGAUGAACUACUGCGUGAGAUUCAGGCAAUGAGUCUGUGCAAGCAUGACAACGUAGUGAAAUACUACACAUCAUUUGUUGUCAAGGAAGAACUAUGGCUUGUGAUUGAGAUUCUCAGUGGAGGUUCGCUGCUCGACAUCAUCAAGCACAAGGUGAAGCAGGGCAACACGCGGCCAGGCGUCCUCGACGAGCCGACGAUCGCCACCGUGCUCAAGGAGGUGCUCAAGGGCCUCGAGUACUUCCACAGCAACGGACAGAUACAUCGCGACGUCAAGGCCGGCAACAUACUGCUGGGCGCCGACGGCACGGUGCAGAUUGCCGAUUUUGGUGUCAGCUCGUGGCUAGCUACUGGUGGGGACCGGACACGCCAGAGCAGUCGACACACCUUUGUUGGAACCCCUUGUUGGAUGGCUCCUGAAGUGAUGGAACAGGUCAGUGGGUAUGACUUCAAGGCAGACAUUUGGAGUUUUGGCAUCACUGCAAUUGAAUUGGCAACAGGGACAGCUCCUUAUCACAAGUACCCUCCAAUGAAGGUAUUGAUGCUUACGCUUCAAAAUGACCCUCCAACUUUGGACACCGGUGUAGAAGACAAGGACCAGUACAAAAAUUAUGGAAAGUCCUUUAGAAAGAUGAUUGCUGAUUGUCUACAAAAAGACCCAGAGAAAAGGCCAACAGCAACUAAACUGCUAAAGCAUGAUUUUUUCAAGAAAGCAAGAGACAAGAAAUACUUGUUGCAAACACUGAUUGUUGGAGGCCCUGGUCUCCAAAUCAGGACAAAGAAAGACCGCGAGCCCGGCUCCAGUGGCCGUCUACAUAGAACAGCCUCUGGCGAUUGGGUGUGGUCUAGUGAUGAGGAGGAUGAGGAUCCAGACCGGCCACGUAAAACAAACAUCAUCGAUUCCUCUGAACCUCCUGCUCCGUCCUCAGUCGGGAAGGCCAAAGACAAUGUAACCGAGGCCAAUGCUCAACAGGAUCCUAUUAACUUGAUACUGAGGUUAAGGAAUGACAAGCGUGAGCUGAAUGAUAUCAGGUUUGAGUUCACGAAGAACAAAGAUUCGGCCGAUGGGCUAUCUCAGGAACUAGUCGGUGCAGGUCUGGUAGAUGGGCAGGACAUGGUCAUAGUUGCAGCAAAUCUCCAGACAAUUCUAGAUUCUGCAUCUAAAAAGAGUCUCACGUUUUCAUUGAAGUCUGGAUGUGGGCCCAACCAGGCACCUGAUGCAAAAGCUCUGAUUGGCUUUGCUCAGCUUAGUAUAAUUGAUGAUGCCCAAAUUCCGUCUUAGCCAUGUACGGUUAGAGGCAGCUUCACUUGGCUAAAGCGAUCAAUUAAUAUAACUCUUGUUAUGUUUGUCCCCACCUGGAGAAUAACAGUAGCUGCACGUGGCAACACUGUAUAAACGAUGCACACUGGUAACGUGUGCAAGCAAAGAAGUUAAAUGUAGCGAGUAAAGCAUCGCACUGGAAGUUCAACAACGCUAUUUAAAGGAAAGCAUGCCCUAUGCAGUGCAGAUGAUUCAGCAUUUACAAGCAAGGACAUUGCUGGAGCUUCCAACACUAAAAACUAUGCCUGUUAGGUUAGUUCUGCCUAACGAGGCGAUGCAUUCUAAUAGCUUAUUAGCCAUUAUCAGAGACUCACACAGGCAGGUAUAGGAAAUGAUAACAAAACCGAGACAGAUAUCUUGAGAAAAACGACCAAGAUUUGUUAAAGGAGAAUAGUGCAGGUUAUGUGAAGUGAAAAUGAGUUCUAAAAUAUCUGAGUUGCUGGAGACCUUCUUUUACUUGUUUUAGAGGUAUGGUCAUGUUGGUUAUGUGAACUGAUCUUUUUUGUUACUUCCGACGAUGAAGUAACCCAGGUGGUGUGUGUUUGUCUACAGGUGUCACAGUUUAUCAUGCCAACAUGAGGGACACCCUUUCUAAUUGUACCACGGUGUGUAUUGUAUCACUUAGAUGAGAAUUCUGGCUUUCUCAAUGGUAAAGUCCAUCAUCAUAGAAAAGCUGUGUCAAAGCAACAUUGUGCUUUGAUGACUUCCUUCUAAAGCUAUCAUUAACGAAUUUCUUACACUGGUUGCAAAGUAAUUGCUGAUUAAAUUCAUUAUGUCACAAUCCACAAAACUUGUGGCUUUUCUAUAACGCUGCUUUUUUAAAACCCAGUCCUGCUCGAUGCGUGAAAUUGCUUGCAUUUUCUCACCCUGAUUUCCUGGUUAACUGACUUGCAUGAUGCAAUAAUAACAUAUUUCUACAUUAAACUUCCUUUUUAACUCUACUGUGCUGAAUGAAUAAAUAGGUUUACGUAGGAUCGUCUAAAUAGGGUUGUGUGUAAAAGUAUAUUCAGUAAUUCAGGUUCAAGUUUCUUGGAAGGCAAGCAUCUUCAAAAGGGUCAUAUCUUAUUGGCUAGUGUAGUUUUGUACACUUUUAGGUGGAAAUGAAAUGCAGGAGGGUUAAACCUGCAUCAUGUCACAAAUCACAUACUGUAGCCCUAUACGCUGUAUAUUUUGGGGUGGUUAAAUUUUCGCGAAUUUCGCGACCACGUCCCCGACCGCGAAAAUAACAAC